AUGGAGAUCGACUUACUUAUAGGGGCUGACUACUAUUGGUCUAUUGUACAAGACCAUGUCGUGAGAGGUCAUGGACCCACUGCAGUCAAGUCGAAGUUAGGAUAUCUGCUAUCUGGACCGUCGAAACUGGACAGUAUUUCCGUAUUAAACGCGACGGUCAUGAAAAUCCUGACAAAUACCUCAUCAGAAGAACAGCUCGUCACAAAAUACUGGGAUUUAGAGUCCAUCGGGAUAUCGGCCGCGGGCGAAAAUGAGAACACUGACGAACGUUCCUUUGAACUAUACCGUGAUACCAAAAUCGAACGCAAAGGAAACAAGUAUAUCGCUGGAUUGCCGUGGAAGGAAAAUCACCCUCCCCUUCCAACUAACUACUCGCUAGCCAAAAAAAGAACCAGGUCAAUGGUACAACAUCUAUCAGACGAAAUGCGAGAUAUAUACAAUUCCAUCAUAAACGAUCAGCUAAAGCGGGACUUUAUCGAGAAAGUCACUGAUGAUGACACAACUCGUGGUCAUUAUAUUCCACAUCACCCCGUUAAAAAGGAUUCGAUAACAACACCGAUAAGAGUCGUAUACAACUGCAGUGCCAAAUACCGCGAUCAGCAAAGUCUCAACGAUUGCCUUGAUACCGGGUAA